UGGCAGUGAGCGUUUGGCAGCCUAUGAUUAUACAGUAAAUACUAUGAGCUCUGCCUCCUGUGCUUUCACUGCAGCCUGCGAUGAAAUCAGAAGAAAAAAAAAUCAACCCAGCGUUUUGGCUAUAAAAGUGUUUGUUUGUGCUAAGGUAAUCUUUUGACGAAGACUAGCCAACCGAAGCUGUCGAACUCUCUAGAAAAACAUCAGUCGUCAGAGGUGGUUUGCGGGCCCACUGCACUCAUUUACUGGAGACUCGCCCCACACUGCUGCUUCAUCAUCGACCUCGUUUCCUCGUCGACGUUCGCAUCCUCGCGACUGCAAUAAUUACUGGAACGGGGGAGAGAAAAGACGUGACGGGACACAGGCCGGUGUUUGUCCCUCUGCCCCGGCCCUGAGGUGCGCUGCUCAGGCAAAGAAUGCUAAAGAAUGAGCCAAAGGGACACACUGGUUAAUUUGUUCGCUGGAGGAUGUGGAGGAACAGUUGGUGCCAUUUUAACUUGUCCUCUGGAAGUUGUGAAAACCCGACUGCAGUCGUCCUCCAUCACUCUCUACAUCUCCCAAGUCCAGCUGUCCACCGUCAAUGGAGCCAGUGUGGCCCGUGUUGUUCCACCAGGGCCUCUGCACUGUCUCAAGUUAAUCUUGCAGCGAGAAGGAGCUCGAUCACUGUUCAGAGGACUGGGACCUACACUUGUAGGUGUGGCACCUUCCAGAGCGAUCUACUUCGCCGCCUAUUCCACAGCCAAAGAGAAGCUGAAUGGAGUGUUGGCGCCAGACUCGACCCAGGUGCACAUGCUGUCAGCUGGGAUGGCAGGUUUCACUGCCAUCACAGCCACCAACCCCAUCUGGCUGAUUAAGACCCGUCUGCAGCUUGAUGCCAGGAACCGGGGUGAGCGGCAAAUGAACGCGUUUGAGUGCGUGCGGCGGGUGUACCAGAUGGACGGACUGCGAGGUUUUUACAGGGGGAUGUCGGCGUCGUACGCCGGCAUCUCGGAGACCGUUAUACAUUUUGUCAUCUAUGAGAGAAUUAAACAAAAACUGCUGGAUUUCAAAGCCCACGCCAGGAUGGACGACGAGGACGAGUCAUUCAGAGACGCAUUCGACUUCUUGGGAAUGAUGCUCGCAGCGGCUACUUCCAAAACAUGCGCCACAUCCAUAGCUUAUCCUCAUGAAGUGAUAAGAACAAGGCUACGGGAAGAGGGCAGCAAGUACCGCUCCUUCUUCCAAACUCUGCUCACAGUUCCCAGAGAGGAGGGAUACAGGGCACUGUACCGUGGCCUGACCACGCACCUUGUCAGACAGAUCCCCAACACCGCCAUCAUGAUGUGCACCUACGAGUUUGUGGUCUAUCUGCUCCGCUCUUAGCUGCGCGUUCUUCCUGUUCACGGAAGGAUACGUUCAGCCAAUGACUGAGGAUGUUGCUGUUUGACAUGUGAUGUCAAAAAGUAAGACCAAAGGAAGUGAAGAUGCUCUUGUGGAGCAGGAAAGGACAACUGGAAAUCAUAGACGUCAAGAAGAACAAAACAAACGGGAGCGAUCCAGUGUCAUCAACUCUUUUUUUUCCCCUUGUUUUAGGUUGGUUAGAAGAAAACAGAUAGAGGGCAGUAAAGGUCACACAAGAGGUGUCAUGGGAAGUGAUGGAGAGAGAAGGCACUGUCAAAAAAAGUACAAAAAAAAAAAGAAAAUAGCAUCGUAAGCACAUUUCAGUGGCCUUAACAGAAGGGUUUUGGCUUGCCUUCUCAGCUGUGGCUGAAUCACAACAGGAACAAAGGUAACUCAACGUAGGUCAGGUGUAAAUAAUAAGCACAUUUUUGCUUUUUUACCAAACUGUCCUCAACUCCGUGCUGUGUGACUACUGUCAGUUGAGAUUGAAUGUGAGAAAAGUGUCACUGUUUUCAAGGCGCACAAACCAAGGCCAUAUUUGAGUUGUCAAAUCUCCCUCUUAUCAUGUCCUUCCUUGUGUCUUUUAUCUCAUUGAAGAGUGGUUCAUAAAGUCGACCUUCUCUCAGUGUUUUUGAUUCCUGUUCAGCUCGGUGCCCUGCGUUGACACAGUGAGGUGGAGGUGACCAAGGCCAGCUUCUUCACAUGGGCACGUUUCUUUGUUUUUUUAAUGUAAAACUGUGAAAGUUCAGAUGUAUUGUGUCCUGUCCCAGGAUGUGAAGUGCGUGAUAAAAGUUUGACUAAAUUUUGGUAUUGUUAGUGGACGAGCAGCAUGAAGUUUGACUUCUUCCCUCCAGAGCUUCUGACCUGUAACUGCGGUUGUCCCUGCAGUGAUUUGUGGAGCUGUCGUCCUCUAACAAUGUCGUCGACAGAGCUUAAAAUGUUACUUUAUUUUGACGCGUAAACCACAUCAUUCAUCACUUCACAGCGUACCAAGAGACCUAACGUGUCGAGGCUUUAGUCCGACAUCCACCUACUAGAGCUGAGUAAAUAUCUCUGCCCAGAAACAUCUGAAUUGUAAUUUAAAAAAAGCCAAGAUAUUAACAGCAGAGGGCAGCGUUACUGCAUACUCCCCUGAAAUGAUAUAACUGAAGUUGCUUUGAGUUUGUAGUUUUUGAAAAUUCUUCCAUCCUUUACCUUUAAUUAACUAACAGUAGUGUCGCUACUUGAAUACAAUGUGACAUAGAAUGGGGAGAUUCUUGGAGCAGGUGAAUGUUCGUGAAGUUUCAUCUGUGUGUGAGCCACCUCCACAUGUCGGUGACUUCCUUCUUUACUGACUGCGUGUGUGUUAGUGUGUGUGAGUAGUGCAGCUGCAGUCGUGUGUGUGCCUCAUGUAUAAUUCGUAUCUACUCCAGAUUCCCCCGCUCUUAUUAAUUUUGCAGGACACAGAGUGUGGAAAAGCCUGGCUGUGAUAGGGUGAGCCUUCGUCCCCCUCUCUGGUGGCCGUCCUUUCUUCCAGUGGCUUCCGUCUGACCUGAUAACAUGCACUUCUCUGGCCUCUAGGGCUCGUGCUUAGCAUUUUGUCGUGUUGACAAUGUAAAGUUGUAUAUUUUAAAAAACAAAAAGUAUUACUGUAUAUUAAAAAAAAAUUGGUAUUUUGCGCCACUGUUCUUACAACAGAUAUAUUUUACAGUUUAGAGUUUGCCGUAGUUGUGAAGGGUUUCUCAAUGUGUUUAUAUAACUUAGAAACUGUAUAUGCAUAUCACUUGUUUUUCAAGGCCCAAGUAUGAUGAUGAGCUAGUUUGCAUUAGCAAAUUGUCUUCACUGUUGUGCAAUUUAACCUUGUUUUGACAUGGACAUAUUGAUGUUGCUUGACUGAUUUGGUUAAUUUCUGCCCUGUAUGUUGCUGUCGUGGAGCAUUGAUUAACUAUUUUGCAGCAUUUAUUAAGUGUUCCAUUAUUUGGCAAGGUAUGAAUGUUUUCACUAUUUGUGAAGUUUACAUAGUUUUUCUUUUUUUUUUUCUUAGUUUCUGUUGUUGACGUUAAAUCUCUUGGUGGAAGAUUUUUCUGAGGUGAGAUGUCAAGAGCUGAAAUGUAACACGGCGAUUAGUCAAGAAACUCAUCUGUUACAAAACAGCCUCAUUUAUGAACGCAAAUGUUUUUGUUGUGAUAUUGAAAUGUUAAUGUUGGCGUUAGAAUCCAAAACAGAUGCUACUCCUCGUCAUUGAUUGGCUGAGACAUGUUCCACACAGGUCAAAAGUCGCCACAUAAUUCUUUCAGUCCUUUUGUACACCCAAUCACAAUAUUAAAUUAAUGAAAUGUACAGUUUUAUGUAAAAAUUACCCCCACUCUAUAGUAUCAUUUCAGACGGAAACAGUGGUGCUGUAACUCAUAAAUGGUUAUUGAUUUCCUGUCUCCGCUGACAUGUUUCCAGCCUUAAAUUGAUGUUGCUUAAAAAAAGAAAAAGAAAAAUGCUGACUCAUUUUAACGUCCAGGUUUCACUCUUUAACACUAAUGGCUUUUACGCCCUUGACUGCGUUGCAGGAACACUUGGGGUCGACUAACCAAAAUGUGACAUGAGAAGUCAACUGGAAAAACAGUGCAAACGUUUUCAUUUUGUGUUUUACUCCUUUCAGUUUUGACAUCUGUGUACAAUCUCUCUAGCCUACAGCAGGGUGUACUGUCCUGGUUGUUGUGUGUUUUGUUUGUUAUCAAAUACAAGAAUAAAUAAAAGCUCAAAUACA